UGACCUUGCACUGUGUCCACUGAGCUCCGCCCCUAGGUUCGCGAUGGCCUCCCAGCCGCAGCCCCUGCACCCUGCCUUGCCCUGUGCCUCUGCCACAGGUGCUGGGGGGGCCGGGCUAGUAGCUGGCAGCCCCGAGAAAGGCAACGCUCGCCCCAAGCCUCCUGUCCGGCCCAAACCCCGGGUCCUGCCCAAGCCAGCUGUGCCUGCCAAGCCCUCCCUGCUGCACCCCCCCCCGGGGCCGACCCCCGGCGAGGAGGUGCCCCCCACCCCGCCGACCCCCCCUCGCAAAGGCCCGGCUCCCUUCAAGGUGACGCCAGUGCCGGUGGCGUCCAAACCGGAGCGAUUUCCAGGCACCACCGUGGAGGAGAUCCUGGCCAAAAUGGAUAGCAGGGAGGGCCCGGGGAGCCCGGACCGAGCCCGGCUCUCACCCUUUUGUCCUGAUCCCUCUUCUCGCUUUGGCUCCAAGACCUUCACUGCCUUCCGGAGACGUCCCAGUGGGGAGGCGGAUGGAGCCCCCCCUGGCGAAGCCUGCCAGACCCCCCAACCCGCGGUGGGAGAGCUGGGGACAGGGAAUGACGGAUGUCCGAUUGCUGAGACAAGCGGUUCCUCCCCAGCCGGCCCGAGCUGUGCCGGGGACCCCCACGGACACCGGAGGCCACCUUCCCCCCCUGACGUGAGUUCUCGCCUCGCCCUCCCGUGCCGCGGCAGCUCCGCUCCUGGGCUCUCUCCUUCGGGGCUCUCCUGUCUCCUCCGGGGCUCCCUCUCUGCGGGGUAUGUGGCAGGGCAAGCCCUCUCGGGCUCCCUGCCAACCCCCUCCCCCCUGGUGACGGGGACACUAGGCCAUGGCUGCUCCGAGUACCCAGGCCCCCCCAGCCCAUCCCCUGAGCCCCCUGCUAAAGCAUCUCGUCCCCCAGGCUCCCCGGAGGGACCCGAUGACUCCCCAGUGUCCCCCCAGGCCCCCAAGGGUCCUGAUUUCAGCCCCUCUCCCCCUUCCAGGGACUCGGGGCUCCGGCGCUCUUCAGAGGGGGUGUUGCAGCCCCCGGCCACAGGGCAGGGCAUGAGGGAGCUGGGGGGCUCACUGAGCGCCCUGUCCCGUCCUGGGGACCCACCGUCAGAGCUGUCCCUGGGCAGCGAGUCAGGCUGGAGCCUUUCCCAGUCCUUUGAGUGGACGUUCCCCUCACGGGGGGCACGGCGGCUAGCAUCCCCCCCCCGGUCCCCCAUCCGGGAGACGGCCGACUCGGGGCUGUCCGAAGAGGGUGAGUCGGAUGGGGAGGAGCCAACCCCCUGCCCCCCGUGCUCCCAGGGGGACGGCAGACCCAAAGGGCCCAGCCCCGUGGUGGCCAGUGGCCGGGUAGCAGAGGGGGCUCCGUGUCCAGGGGGUCCCGUGGCCCAGCAAGAAGCUGAGAGCUCAGCAGAAGAGGAGGAGGAGGAAGGGGAGGCAGAGCGGGAUGCCACUGUGCCCCACUCCCCUCUCUGCGUGAUGGAGCCCGUCCGGGACCCAGCUGAGCCCGAGCCCCCUGCCCAGCCCAGCCUCCUCACUGAGGCCACCCCACCGGAUCUGGCUCCACCAGAUCUGGCCACCGUGGCCGAGUUGGCCUGGGCACCGGUGGGUGACUCCCCCAUAGGCCUGCAGGGCCCUGGUGGGCCGGGCCAGGCUGAAGGAUCCUCGAGGGGCCCCGAUCCCCACGCUGACCCGGGCUGGCUGACGGAGCUGCUGGCAUCGCCCAGGGCCCAUGCUGCAGGGCAUGGCUCUCUGGAUGCGGAAGGGCCGGAGGACCUGCUUGGCUGGUCGCGGAAGGACCUGUGCAGUGAAUUCGGCAUUGGCAGACCUCAUCAGGCCAGCGCCUUCGACUGGACCUGUGAGGCUGCAGCCAGGGAGAGAGACUGGCCCAGUGAGACAGAGCGGGACCGGGAAUUUGGGACCAAAUCAAGCUGGGACGGCACCCACAGUGUUAGGGAUGGGGACCGACAGGACGGACCCUUUGGCACUGCCAGGAGGGACUGGGGCAGUGACUACAAAGGGACGGAGCUGAUGGGGGAAACGCGGCUGGGCUGCAGCGACUGGUCCCAAUCCCACAGUACCGGGGAAAGCUGCCUGCAGGAUCAAGAUUUUGGUGCCAGCAAACCCAAGUGGGGCACAGGCUAUGGCUUGGAUGGCACAGGCAGCAGGGAGGAGAUCAGGAAGGCUGACUGGAGUAGCAGCUAUGGCGUGGGAUGUGGCCAGCAGCAGGACGAGGAGCCGUGCUCCAGGCAGCCCAGCUGGGCUGGCCGGUACAGCUCUGGGGACCCUGAGAGCCAGGAUGGGGAGAUCACGCCUGCGUGGGCUGGGGAAUAUGGCAACAGUGAUGCAGAGAUGAAGGACAGGGAGCCCAUCCCAGACUGGGCCAGUGAAUACAGCAGCAGGGAUGCUGAGAACAAGGAGAAGGAUUUUACGCUGGGCUGGGCUGGCAGAUCCAGCACGGGGGACACUGGGACCCCGGACAAGGAGCUCAGCCCCAGCAGGCCUGCCUGGGACAGCAAAUACAGCACCAGGGACAUGGAGAGCCAGGACCGGGAGUUCAGCCCCAGCAGACCAGCCUGGGCUGGUGAGUACAGCACCCAAGACAUGGAGAGCCAGGACCGGGAGUUCAGCCCCAGCAGACCAGCCUGGGCUGGUGAGUACAGCACCCAAGACAUGGAGAGCCAGGACCGGGAGUUCAGCCCCAGCAGGCCGGCCUGGGACGAGGAGCACAGCACCACAGACAUGGAGACCCAGGACAGGGACUUCCAACCCAGCGGACCGGCCUGGGCCAGCGAGUACAGCAGCAGAGAGAUGGAGACCCAGGAUAGUGGGUUCAAACCCAGCAGACCAGCCUGGGAUGAUGAGUACAGGCCCGGGGACGUGGAGAGCCAGGACCGGGAGUUCAGCCCCGGCAGACCAGCCUGGGCCAGCGAGUAUGGCUCCACGAACACCGAAAAGCAAGAAAGAGAGUUUAGUCCUGGCCGGCUGAGCUGGGCUGGUGAGCACAGCAUUGGCCAAACCAAGCUGGUUGAUGCUUUUGGUGUCAGGAAAGAUGACUUGCCUGGCUCCUGUGCCCCCGAUCCCCCGGCCCAGGAGCCUGGCUGGGGCAGCGCCGACCAGCAGGAGCAUGGUACCACCGAUAGCAGGGACUGGGCUGAAGAGCUUGGAGGAGCCGAGCACCACAACCAAUUUGGCAUCAUUGGAACAGAGCGGGUGUCAGACGCUUCCAGCACCGAAGCGUCACCAGAUGGCUCGAUGUCCUGGGCUGGUGGAAUGAGGUCUGGGGGCCUGCAGGAGCCCCUGGGAGAGUGGCACAGGGAUCUCUCCUUCUGCAGCUCAGAUGCCACCAGCUGUGUGGUCACUGGUGGUGCUGGCAGGGUUGGACCAGGCCAGACAGCAUGGGAUCAGGGCCCGGGCAGCCUGCCUGCCCUGGGUGGCUCUGCCCAGCCCCGGGAGGCCAGGGCGGAAGAGCCAGCCUGGAACCAGGACCUCGAUGCAGCCAGCUGGAGCGUGGAGCUGUGCGACGCCGAGGCCACGCGCCAGGAGUGGGCCAGCGCUUUUGGCGCCCGCUGUGCGGCCCGGAGCCGGGACUUUAGUGCUGGGGAGCAGAGCCAGGGAGAUGACACCAGCUCAGCAGACGGCAGAAGCAUCCAUCUCUUGGCCCCCAGCCUGUCGAUGGGUGAUGCUCCAGCUGACCCACCACCUGCAGAGUCCCCCCGGAGCGAGCCGCCCAGCCCCACCGAGGAGGAGGGGGACCUCCCCGAGCCAGCCGCUGCCCCGCGCAGCCCCAGGGCCUCCCCCCUGCUGCCAGAGGCUGCUGGCGGGAGCUGGCCAGACAUGGAAGGCGAAGAAGCCCCCUUGGACCACCCGGAUGGGAAGACACCACCAAGUUGGGAGGAGAAGCAGCUCUUCCUGGGCACCCCUCAGCCCGAGGGACCUGUGGACCACGCCGGGGAGGAAUUCACCUUCCUGGAGGACACUGAGCUCCUGGACAGCAGCGUGUACCGCAGCAAGGCCAACCUGGGCCGCAAGCGCAGGCAUCGGGCACCGGCCCUCCGCCCCGGGGCUGCCUCGGAAGGGGACAGCUGGAUGUUCCGGGACUCCACAGAGCCCCGUCCAGCCCACCCAGCGGUGUCCUCCGACGAGGAGGCAGCAGAAGAACCCAAGAGCCGUCGGGUGCGAGCGUCCCCGUCGAGCAAAGGGGUCAAGGUGCCGCUAUUCCCCGGCCUCAGCACAUCCGCCCUCAAGGCCAAGCUGAGGGGCCGAAACCGCUCGGCUGAGGAGGGUGUGCUGCUGGGGGACAGCAAGGCAGCCCCCCCCAAGGACCCCCAUGUGCAGCGCUCCAAGUCCUGCAAGAUCCCCGGCUUGAGUGGGAAACCCCUGGCGCUGCCCCCCAAGCCAGAGAAGUCCUCAGGGUCUGAUGCCUCCCCCCCCCACUGGCUGCAAGCGCUGAAGCUAAAAAAGAAGAAACCUUGAGCGGGCUCGCUCUCCCCCCAGCCCAUCCCUGAGGAUGAUGGCCACUGUACCCAGGAUCAGGCCUGUCCCCUCCCUGUGGCGGGGCUCACACACACAUGCCCACACACCUAUGCACUUUGUAUGAUGCUCGCAGGGUCCCUGUCCCCCUCCCCGAUCCUUCCUCCCCCCUCCUCGGCCCACCAGCCUCCCCCAGCCUCCGCCUUCCCCUGGGGCGUGGGCAGCGAGCCCCCUCCCUUCCCCUCGCCCCCUGCUCUUGUAUCACCCCCAGACAAAGAGCAACCGGUCAGGAUUUUGGUGC